AUGUCGUACACUGAGCUUUAUCCCUCCCUGUUGCAAAAGGGUUUGGUGGUUCCCAGACUUAUGGGACCUCCACCUGAUCGCCUUCCUCCAUGGUACAACCCUAAUGCACACUGUCCUUUUCAUGAAGGUGCCCCCGGGCAUGACCUAGAGGGUUGCUAUGCUUUGAAGCAUAGGGUUCGUGAACUGAUUGACAGCAAGAUCCUGUCUUUUAAGGAUAUGGGACCGAAUGUGAAGAAUAAUCCUCUUCCUCCCCAAGGAGAUCCCGCAGUGAAUGCCAUUGAAGAUGCCUCUGUUGGUGUUAUGGUUGAGAAGGUCGAGGAUGUCAAGGCUCCUUUGGCAGAGUUCCAUGCCCGGUUGGUGGAAGCUGGCCUGAUUAAUAUUAGUCAUCAAAAUUGUGAAGUGUGUGCCACAUACCCAAGGGGGUGUCAGGUGGUACGAGAUAACAUUCAAGACUUGAUGAAUAAAGGAGUGCUUCAGAUAUCCAGCGUUACAAAGAAUGAAGAUGUACUGGUAAUUGAACCUUGCUUCAAUUUACCCGAACCAGUUGAAAUACCAUAUUAUAGUGGUGGAGUGGUUCCGGCGAAUAGUCAGCCGUCGCCUAUUGAGAUAUGUAUGCCCAUGCCUUUUCCAUAUGAUAGAACCAAGGUUGUGCCUUGGAAAUAUGAGAUUACCGUUGUGGACAAGGUUGUUGAAGGAAGUGCAGACGUUGAAGUGACAGAAGCUGUGAGUGAGGACGUCACCAACAUUGCCAGGAUGAGCAGAAUGACCCGUAGUGGUAGAAUCUAUACACCUAAAUUCAACGUGACUCCUCAAGGGUCGGCCAAGGAAUCUACAGUUGCAACUCCUGCUAAAGAACCCGAAGUGGUCCCAUCUGAGGAUGUUGUUGAGUUCUUGAAGUUGAUCAAGAGAAGUGACUACACAGUGGUGGAUCAGCUACAUCAAACACCAUCUAAGAUCUCUAUUUUGUCUCUGCUAUUGAACUCUCAAGCCCACAGGGAGGCUUUGUUGAAGGUGCUUGCCCAAGCUCAUGUAACGCAAAGCAUAAUAGUAGACCAGUUUGAUGGGGUGGUUGCGAACAUCACAGCCUGCAAUACUUUAAGCUUCAGUGGAGAGGAAUUACCUGAGGAUGGACAAAAUCACAAUCGUGCUCUCCAUAUCUCCGUAAAAUGCAAAGAUGAUGCUUUGGAAAGAGUCUUGGUUGAUCCCAGAUCUUCUAUGAAUGUUAUGCCAAAGAGAACACUCGCCAAGUUAUCUUAUCAAGGACCAGUUAUGAAACCUAGUGCCUUGGUAGUGAAAGCUUUUGACGGUUCCAGAAGAACCGUGAUUGGAGAGGUAGAACUGCCCAUAUUGAUUGGCCCUCAUGUAUUCCCGAUUAAUUUCCAAGUCAUGGAUAUUAAUCCAGCAUAUAGCUGCUUAUUAGGGCAUCCUUGGAUUCAUGUUGCAGGGGCAGUUACCUCCACUUUACACCAGAAAAUGAAGUUUGUGGUGGACAAUCAAUUGAUCAUUAUUUCUGGGGAGGAGGACUUUGUGGUUAGUCACAUUUCAUCCUUCAGAUAUAAUGAGGCUGAUGAGGACGCUUUAGAAACUUCUUUCCAAGCUCUGGAAAUAGCCAACGCCACUUUUGUGGAGAUGAAGGACCCUGUUGGGAAAGCUUGUUCAUCUUUCGCUUCUAUGAAAAGCACAAAGUCUAGCAUUGAAGGAGGAAACCCUGAAGGUUGGGGUCAGCUUAUUGAUAUUCGUGAGAAGCAUGAUCGCUUUGGUCUCGGAUAUGUGCCUUCCGCUGUGAAAGGAGCCCGAGUCCCUGCAAAGGACAACACCCGAAGCAUCCAGGAAGUAUUCCUUAGCACAAGAUUCAUCCAUGGAGAUCAGGUCAAUGCAAUUGAAGACAACACCGAAGACGAAGAUGAGCCAUGUCAUGUUUGA